GAUGGCAUCAGCAAACUCUACCGCCAAAACCCGACCCAGACGCUCGCCCAACGCCGCCUCCAGACUCGCCUCGAGCGCCGCGUCAAACUCGGCAACCCACGCCUCGCCAACAAAAUCUCGCAAAUGCGCCUCAGCAUCGCCCCCAUAGUGCACGCGACAAGCUACGACGCAGCGCCCUCCUUCCCCCGCACCCUCCUCCACCUCUUCCUCCUCACCGAACCCCAACUCGACACCCUCGCAACCUUCUACUCGCAAAUCCCGCCCUUGACCCACCUAACCUCCGCCUACCCCUCCACCAUGAACUGGAGCCACCCUUUCCUCGACACAAGCGACGAAUUACCCGACGACUGCAAGUUGAGCAAGUUGGAGCGGGUCAAGGUCAAGAUGAGGAUGUUUGCACGGUUUGUAGGCAUGAGGGGCGCCGAGACGCCGCGGUGGGAGUAUGAGCGGCAGAUUGAGAUUUUGGGGAAUAAAGUGAGGUGGGAGGUUAGGAGGGAGGAGGAG